AAAAAAAAAAAAAAAAAAAAAAAAAAAAUUUAAAAGUAAAGGAAUAUAGAAUUGAGGCUUAAUAUUAAUGGCCAUUACGAAGAGAGUUGGUGUUAUAAUUUUGUGGUUUGCACUGGCUUAUUAUGUGGAUUCCAUAAAAGGAGUAAUUCCUGUUGCUGGUCCUUUGAUCAACAAAGGCGCAAAUGUAGUUACGGAUGCCCUUUCUCCUGGCGAGAAGGUAAACAAUGUCAUGAGCUUUGGAGCCAAACCUGAUGGAAAAUUUGACUGCACUCAGGCUUUCAUGGACGCAUGGAGAGCAACUUGCAAGUCCAACGUGCAAGCGAGGCUUCUGGUUCCUCAGGGAAGAUUCGUGGUUUCUACCAUGUUUUUCGCAGGGCCAUGUUCGACUCCAAAUCCCGUAACAAUCCAAGUUGUUGGCACUGUUGUGGCCACAACAGAUAUCAGUGAAUAUGAGAAUGGUGAAUGGCUCAUGUUUGAAGAACUAAAUGGUUUAAAACUUAUUGGUGGUGGUACUUUUGAUGGCGCGGGUAAGUCUUCAUGGGCACAUACUGAGAACUGUAAAACAGACCCCAGCGACACUUGUGUCAGAAAUCCUAGUAGUCUUUAUUUCAACAAAGUUAGCAAUGGAAUUCUACAUAACAUAAAAUCCGUGGAUCCCAAAGGCUUUCACAUAUUUAUCACCAACAGUGAUAACAUCAGAGCUGAAUCACUUAGGCUCACUGCACCAGCUACCAGUCCCAACACCGAUGGAAUUCAUAUUAGCAGCUCUUUCAAUGUAAAAUUAUCCGAAAAUAACAUUGAAACUGGAGAUGAUUGUGUUUCCAUGAUAAAAGGAGUCAAGAAUGUUACCGUCCACAAAUUGCAUUGCGGUCCUGGACACGGUAUUAGUGUUGGAAGUCUUGGAAAGUAUGCAGAUGAACCAGAAGUGAACCAGAUUCGUGUCGAGAACUGCACGUUGGUUGGCACAGACAAUGGCAUUAGAAUCAAGACAUGGCCAGAUAAGUUUCCAGGUUCAGCAUCAGAUAUAGGCUACAGUGACAUUAUCAUGGAAAAUGUUAAAAAUCCUAUCAUCAUCGACCAAGAGUAUCAAUGCUUUCCAAACUGCAAAAAGAAGCCUUCACUUGUAAAGAUAAGUGAUGUUCAUUUUUCAAAUAUAAAGGGAAGCACAACUUCACCAAUUGCAGUGGAUUUAAGGUGUAGCCAGCAGUUUCCAUGCAAUAAUGUUAAACUCACCAACAUAGACCUGAAUCUUGGACCCAGGCCUUCAGGCUCUAGAUGUGCCAACAUUAAACCAAUCUAUGUUGGCAUACAAAAACCACCAGCUUGCCUGUAAGGGCUUGACUUGAAAUCACAUGCAUUUUUGCAGCUCUGGCAAUUAACUACCUGAAGCCAAACCUAAUUCAACCCUUAAUUUCACUUGCUGUCUGAUUUCCAAUCUCUCCUCUUGAACAACAAUUCGAACCAAAUAGAAUCAACUUCCAUGUCUAGCUUUCACCUGCCAACAGAAAAGGCAGAAGUUGUAUAUAAAAUAAUUAGAUUAAGUAAUUUAUAAAUUUUUUUUAUCCUUGUCUAGUCAUUCAACUGCCUCCAGAUCUUCUUAGAGUGAUUCUAGAGAGGUUGUGCUGUUUCAAUGAGCUGGGCAAGGUAAUUUAUUAACUGGAUGAGAGAUGUAAAUUUCAAAGCAUCAAAUAAGCCAUUCUUGGUUAAUGAUUUUACUAA